CAAUAUCGCGGAAAGGUAGUACGUAGGAAACGACAAGAAUUUUGAAAUGAUUAGUGCUUACACAAAUGGCUGAUCAACAAUGGAUGUGUACCGAUGCAGGAAAUGUCGCUGUGAUCUGCAGGUCACACAUGCUGUAGUAAACAGUGUAUGUGAAGGUUACUUGACCCAGCAACAUGUGUGGUACCUGGAGGUUGACAGAGCUCCGGAAUGGGUCAACACUGCUGUCAACAGUGCAAGCUGGGCAAAAGGCAAACUUACAUGUCCCAAAUGCAGUGGGCGUGUGGGGUCGUUCGACUUCACUAAUGAGAAGAUAUGCCAAUGUGGCCUACACACUGUCCCCUGUGCUCACCUGGUCAAGGAUAGAGUCGACCAAAUCAGAAAACAGAGCAUUUCUCCGGUUGGUCCUUUUCCCAGACGAGCCACCUACAGACGUCAAGAUUCACCACCUGCUGACACCUCGGGUACAGAAAAACAAAGACAAACAAGUGGGGACAGUCAUGUAAGGAACAUAGAUACUACAGCCUGGACAUUCAUGGACAAUUCUGGUCCUAGUCUUUCAAAGGUGAUUGAUGGAAAAAAGGAUGACGAUGUUUGUGACAAUGACAAUGAUUCUGAUGGUGAAAGGAUACAAGUGUUGAAGACAGGAUUUGGGGUGACUAAUAAGAUGGAAAAUCUGCUAGAAUCGUCAACUGAUAAUGGUACAAAUAAUGUUUGUAAUAAGACAAGUUUAAGGAAAAGAAAGAGACGAAAAAGAGCUGAAUACCAGUGUGAUAGGUGUUUUGCCUCUGUUGGUGAUGGUAAUGGUUGUAUCUGCGCUCUAAUGCACAGGGAGGAUGGUGCCCGGUCAGAGAACAUGUUUGGGGCCCUGUCAGACAGCUGUAUGGGAGAGAAAGCAACUCAACCAGACACAGAUUUCUUUGAACCAGAGCCGGAGGUAGAGAUCCCUGCAGACCUGACCUGCUCUGUGUGUUUGGACCUGUAUUACCGGCCGUGUGUUUGUCUUCCGUGUCGCCAUACAUUCUGUGAACAUUGUCUGAGGGAUGUCUGUAAACAGAAGCCUGUAUACACACCGUGUCCCCUGUGCAGGGUCCUUAUUGACACUUGUACUAUUAAUAAUGCUUGUGUGGAGAGAAUCAAACAGGAGUAUGCGAACAGUUAUGAGGAGCGACAGCGGGAGGUGAAGAAGAUGCGAAAGUCGAAGAGCUUCUACCCCCUGCCAGGUAACCAUGGCAACAACUCGUUGUCCCAACGAUUGGCGGGAUGGGGCGCAUCCCCGGCUGAAACGGGUAUGGAGGAAUUACUGAUGGCCAGUCUUCAGGACAUCAUCAUGCGCUUCGCCUGGGUUAUGGUUCUUUUUCUUAUUCAUAACUUUGUUUUUCGCUUCUGUGAAGCGAUUGGGUUUAGUUUUUAUUGUGAUAAUGCAUUCCAUUUUAAUGAUUUUCUUAGAAGUAUGAUGUUAAAGUUAAUUAAUUUUGGAUUUUUACACACAGUGAGAAAAUGCCUAGGGUUGACCUUUGUUCGAAGUGAUAUUUUUGGAUACCUAGUCGUGUACGCAGCCUUGUUCAUGGUAUUUUACUUUGACACUAAUACAUGGAUUCAGUUUGGAUAUAGCAUGGUGAUUUUAGGAUCUUUAUUUAUUAACUGAACACAAUUUAGUGUGUGAAUUAUUAUGUCUAUUUAUUUGAUAAUUUAUACAAACAGAAUGUUAUUGCUUCAUCUUGAAUUGAGAUGGACAUCAAGGUUUGCUCUAGUUUGUCAGUCAGUCCAUCUUGCCAAAAUCUUGACAUACAAUCGAGUAUGAUAACUCUAUCUUGCAAAUAAUGCAAAGUUUGCCCCCUUAUUAUUUGACUAAGAAAUUCUGUUAAGGUUAUAAAAAAAAUGUGUGGUUCAGGUAACAUUGGUCAAAGAAACAAAUGUGUGCUGUAUAAACAUUGAAGACAUCUCAUCAAUAUUCCCGUAUACAAUAAUUCUUAGUUGUAUUCUUUAUGUUGUCAUUAAGUUUAUGGCGUAAAAACUUCUCAAAGAUAUUCAACGAUAAUAUUGCGUCAGGAUGGUCUUUACUGUGAUUGAAGCCCAGGUUUCCUGAUCCUGGCAUACAGUCUUCUUUACUUAACAGAAAAACACUAAAUUUCAUUUAAAUUUUACAUCUGACAACUGCAAUGGGUGGUGUUCCUUUAAAUAUUUUCUACCUGUUCGUCUUUGUUGAAAAUAUCAUCCCGCACACCCCAAGGGGUGCAUCUUGAAGGGUUUAGCGUUCCCUACAUGGACAAAUUGGUCCCAGCCUGUUCAGGUGUAGGGAUGCUGAGCAAUAAUGUCUGUGUCUGGUGAUUGUAUAGUUGCUGCUGGUGGUCUUUGAGCUGGUGAUGGUGUACAUGCUGUUCUCAAGAUUGCAUUCUUAUCUACUUUGUCUUCAAAUUUAAUAAUCAAUAGAUUAGGCUCAGAUUGCCUAAUGCUGACUUUGGCCUCUGGAUCUAAUGAUAUGAGGUUUCUGUUUUGAAAGUGAUAGAUCUUCACCUGUGGAGUAAGUUUAUCAUCAUUCAUCUCUACUGUCCGUUUUGGGUUGACCAGUGUGGGGUUCUUUUUGUUCCUCUGCCAUCUGUUGUCAUUGUCCUUCCACUUCGAAGAUCCUGCAGCCGCUGGCAGUUGUGGUGGUUCAAAUGAUGUUGUGGUGGUGGGGAGUGGGAAUCUCUGCUGCUGGCACCCGGAAUACAACUAUAAAUAAUGAUAUUACAUAAUAUUAUAUAUAUAAUUAAAAAUAAUAAAAUGUCUCACCUUUAUCUGCAUUCGACUAUACUAAUUAAAUAAAUAUAAUACUAUUACUAACUCUUAUUAUGUUGCUUAGUAUGCCCAAUCCCCAGUGUCUUCUUUUUGGCGAUUGGCGACAGUCUGCUUGCUGUAAAUGGUGGGUGUGUCCUCAUGUCCUCAUCAG